AUGCAGCGCAGAAUCGAGAGCUGKAAGAGGGAUGUGGAGCGUGCGAGGGCGGCUGAAGAGCUUGAGAAGAAACAGGAGAAGGCUCUCGCCGCGGAGAAAAUGCUUGCCGCCAACAUUGAAGCCGCUAUGGACAUCGUCGUUCAACGGAGAAAGGAGAGGGCAGAGGCCAGCAAGCGUGCGGCAGAGGUGGAGAGGCUGAGAGAGGAAAAGCGAGAGCGGGAGAGCAAGAUAUGGUCGUUGGAGACGUACUUGAUGUUGUUCUUCGCGGUGGUCAUCAUUCUCGCUAUAAGAGCGAAGAUUGUGGCGGUUUGUGAGAGGAUUUCACAGGCGUGGAAGUGGGCUUUUGGACAGUGA